AGUUUAAAAUCUCUCCUCCUUCCUUCACUCCAGACACUGCCGGCUCGCCGGGCCGCCGCGCCGCUCCCCAUCGCCUUCCAGAGCGCUGGGAAAGAGCAGAGGCGGGUGCCACGUCCCAGCAGCCGCCUGGACUGGAGAAGGGUCUGCAGCCCAACCUUGCUGGGGACUACGAUACCCGCGCUCCACCGCCUCCCUGGAGGAAGAUUUCUCCCUCCCUCACGUGAUUUCAGUCCAGUUUUCCUUUUCUCUGAGCGACGUCCUCCCGGAGUGGGGGCCAUCGGAGAAAGGGAGAGAUGCGCUUCGCCUGGACCGCGCUCCUGCUGGGGCCGCUGCAGCUCUGCACUGUCCUGCGCUGCACCCCGCCGGCCGCCGGCCAGCAGCAGCCCCCUCGCGAUCCCCCGGCGGCUCCAGGCGCCUGGAGCCAGAAGAUCCAAUGGGAGAACAACGGGCAGGUGUUCAGCCUGCUGAGUCUGGGCUCGCAGUACCAGCCGCAGCGCCGACGGGACCCGAGCGCCACCGCCCAGGGCGCCGCCAACGCUGCUGCCCAGCAGCCGCGCACGCCGAUCCUGCUGCUCCGCAACAACCGCACGGCGGCGACUCGGGCGCGGACCGCUGCCCCGUCCGGAGCCACCGGCGGCCGCCCCAGGCCCGCCGCCCGCCACUGGUUCCAGGCUGGCUACUCGUCGUCCGGGACCGGCGACGCUGGCCCCGCGCGCGCGAGUAACCGGACCACGUCCGCAGAGCGCCCGGCACUCAGUAACUUGAGGCCGCCUAGCCGAGUGGACGGCAUGGUGGGAGACGAUCCAUACAACCCUUACAAGUACUCCGACGACAACCCCUAUUACAACUACUACGACACGUAUGAAAGGCCCCGGCCUGGGAGCAGGUACCGACCCGGCUAUGGCACCGGCUACUUCCAGUACGGUCUACCGGACCUGGUGCCAGAUCCCUACUACAUCCAGGCGUCCACUUACGUGCAAAAGAUGUCCAUGUACAACCUGAGAUGCGCUGCGGAGGAAAACUGCUUGGCCAGCUCAGCAUAUAGAGCAGAUGUCAGAGAUUAUGAUCACAGGGUGCUGCUAAGAUUUCCCCAAAGAGUGAAAAAUCAAGGGACAUCAGAUUUCUUACCAAGCCGACCAAGAUAUUCCUGGGAAUGGCACAGUUGUCAUCAACAUUACCACAGCAUGGAUGAAUUCAGCCACUAUGACCUGCUCGAUGCCAACACCCAGAGGAGAGUGGCUGAAGGCCACAAAGCAAGUUUCUGUCUGGAGGACACAUCCUGUGACUAUGGCUACCACAGGCGGUUUGCAUGUACUGCACACACACAGGGGUUGAGUCCUGGCUGUUAUGAUACUUACAAUGCAGACAUAGACUGCCAGUGGAUUGACAUCACAGAUGUAGCACCUGGAAACUACAUCCUAAAGGUCAGUGUGAACCCCAGCUACUUGGUGCCUGAGUCCGACUAUUCCAACAAUGUCGUGCGCUGUGACAUUCGCUACACAGGACAUCAUGCGUAUGCCUCAGGUUGCACAAUUUCACCGUAUUAAAAAGCAAGCCAAGACUCCCAAUGGAUAAAUCAGUGCCUGGUGUUCUGAAGUGGGAAAAAUAGAUUAACUUCAGUAGGAUUUAUGUACUUUGAAAAAGAGAACAGAAAACAACAAAGGAAUUUUUGUUUGGACUUUUUUAUAACUAAGCACAUAACUGGAUUUUGAACAUUUAAAUUGGCAUUGUUUGGAAAAAUUUUAAUAUUAUUCACAUUAUUUUGUGAAUUAACAUGUUUCAAUUCUGUAGUUGCACCCUUGGCUCUUUCAAAGAAAUCCAAAUUUCUUAUGCUCUUUUUGUAUUUACAAUACAGAAGGGAAAGUAAUAUUGCAAUGAAUGAGCCAAAAUUACUUUGAACUGGGAAUUUUCUAAAGUGCUGUAACUUCAGUGAACUACGGUAAUCAUUGGCUUAUAUAUGUCCUGGCUCCUACUGUUUAAAUAGGUAUGGACACAUUUGGUGCUGAGGAAGGAACAAAUGCAUUACCAUGGGUCUCAAAAAAUAUUACUAUAUAGCAGAGAAAUGGCAGUAUAUGUAUUCAGAUAGCUACAUCCCUAUAUAAAAUUUAUGUUUACAUUUUUAAAUUAGUAGAUAAACUCCUUUCUUUCUGUCAAGUGUACAAUUUCACUCUGACAUAAGUCAGUUUUUAUUUUGGAACAAAUUGAGUAAUUGAGCUGCCCAACUCUCCCUGACAUUUGUUGAUGCUCCCUCUACUCUUUAAUUUUCCUAUGGGCAGAGACCUUUUAAGUGGCAUCUUAAAAUUACCCUUCUGGGGACUGGUAUACAUAGGACAACUGUGUCAAUGGGAAGUUAUUCUGAUGACAAAUAUGAUACAUCCAAAGAUAAUGCACAAUUAAGUAUAUUGAAGUACUGGCCAAAAAUUUUUUCUUACGGACAUAAAAUAAAAAUCAUAAUGAACAAGUCCCUCAAACCACAACUGUCUCUCAAAUAAUUUUUAAAAAGUAAUGAAAAUCAAUUUAGAAUUUUCAAAUUUUCUACAUUUAAAAAAAUAAGUUCAGCUUUAAAAAGAGGAAUGCUAGAAAGUUUUAAGUUAUCCAUAAUAGAUGACAUAAUAUGUGUGGAUACAGGAACCGUGUCAUCCAGGAAUCAGUCAUGUGUGUGUGUGUGUGUGUGUGUGUGUGUGUGUGUAUGUGUGUGUGUGUUUGUAUGUGUGUGUGUGUGUGUGUGUCUGAAAUAUAAUCCAGAUUAGCAAAGCACACAGCAUUACAUACUUGAGGGGUUGGUGAAUAAGGGUAAAAAAAAUACUUUCGUCAAAACCAAAGGCUGUGCUACAUAAUGAGACAGCUGUGCUUUUAUUUUAAACUGUGAAAUCAUGUGUCACAACAGAAUUGGGAGACUUUCUCUUUUUUCUAGAUUCAAAAGGUGCAGAAAGAAAUCAAAUUACACUUUUAAGUUAGUGGUGCUUAAGCAGAAGUUUUUCUAUAUUAACCAGUAUUAAAAUCUCAAGCAAGGUACUUCAAGUGCCAGGACACACAGGUAAAAUUUAAAAAUGAGUUGGCAUCCGUGUAUUAUACGCCAUGGAGUUGUAAAGUCAACACCAUUCAGCACUCACUCAGUGCCUAGAGCAGUGAGAGGGGCUAGAAAUGGACAGUCAUGGAGGCGUGGGUAAUGGAGGGCCACAGAUCUACAUCCGCCAGAGUACACUCUUCCCAAUAGAGAACACAGACAACUUAGUAGAGAUCAGGGCUUUCACUGAGCUAGUAUCUGAUCUAUGGGAUAGCUUCUUUGAUGUACCUCUUUGCCUUAAAUUGCUUUUUAGUUUUAAGAUUGCAGGAAGAGCCUUUCUUUUAGAUUAUAAUAUUUUCAAAUAUUUUAACAUAGUUACUUCUUAGAAAAACAAUAAACUACUGUCAGUAUUAAUACUGAGCCAGACUGGCAUCUACAGAUUUAAGAUCUAUUAGUGCAAGAUUUUUACCCCUGUAUUAAAAGCUAGCCAAUAUCAUGGCCUUUGGAUACACGAGAAGACAUAUUUACUAUCAUUCAUUAGACCCUCCAUCUGUCUGUCCAUCCAUCAUCAUUUGAGGGCCUAAUAUAUGCCAGGCACUGACAUGCUAGGCAAUAGGAUAUAAAAAAGAUUUUCUCUAACCUCAAUUAAGUAUUAAAAAUGUCAUUAUUAUGCUUUAGGUUCACUUUAUUUCAUUUUUAACAACUAUAAGUACAUGUCUAAAAAAUUUUAUUUUAAGCUCUAUUGUUUUUCAUGACCAUAUUUUAUUUUAAAAAUAAGUUAAAAACUAAUAGUUAUAUGCAUGUAUGUGUUACUAAUAAUUAAAAAUAUGUUUCCAAUUCCUGAACUGUCUGCCUUUUAAAUAUAAAAUGUGCUAUUUGAUUGAUUUUGAAAAAAAAAAGUUUCGAUUAGGAAGUAAAGAUUCUCACUUAAUCCUUAUGCAUCCUUCCCCCUCAGUCAUCUCUUAACACUCCCUUAACAUUCAAUAUUUUUGAACCUCAAGGGAUCUCUUCUCUGAAUAACCACAAAAACUCACACAAAAUGACUAGCUGGUAAAAGUUAUCCAUUAAUAAAAUAAAGAAUCCAGCCUUACAAACUCUAGAUUAAAAAAAAUAAAUAGAAAGUAGAAAUGAUACAAAGAAUGUUGAGCAGUGAAAAGAAACUGGCUUUUAAACUAAUAAAGACUGAGAAAAAAAAAUGGGCUAAACAGGAAAAUAAUAAUGAGUCUUCCACACACCAUAUUAGUGACCUCAUAAUUAUUCAGACCACCGUUUGAACUAAAGAUGUCUUGACCUUGGGGGUGAGGAUUCAGUUUUCCAGCAGUACCAGAACAUAUGAAUCUACAACUUGCCUAUUUCUAGGAAAUCUUUACACUUUUACAUAAUAAAUUUAUUCACAAUUCCAAUCACUAGGUAUUAUUUGUAAUAAUGAACAAUAAAUGUUUUUUCUUUGCAACCUCAUAGAAUAAUCACAUUUAAACAUUCCCAAUAUUCAGAUUCCAGAGGAAAUGCCAUGCAUUAAAAUGAUCAUGGCACUGAGAAAUCACCUUUAGCAACUUGUGUGAAAAUACACAAUUUCUGGUCAGAAGACGCCUUAUUUUAAAAAUAACUUGUACUGAUACUAACAGUAUAGUAAAUGAUAAGUAAAAAGUUACCCCUUUUCUACAUUUUUUAUAUUUAUAAUCCAUAUUCACAAAUAAUACAUUCAAACAACAGCUAUAUUUCAUUUCCAGUUACCAAAAGUCCUGGGCCACUUUUAAACACUUCAAGCAUUUCAUUUAUCUUUUAAACUAAAAUGGUGCUGAAUUAUUUCAACUUGAAUGUAAAAAUGUGUUGUCUUAGUUCACAGGAUAUAAACAUUUAAUUAAUAGGUAACUGCUUGCUACUAACUACAUAUCAUUUGAUAUUGUAAUACUUUCAAUGAAGGUUUAGUUUCUUCCAAAAUUUUCAAGAAUCCUAUUUGUAAAACACCUGUAACUUUUUUGAGAAGCUCUUAAUUUACAUGCCUGACACUGGCUUUAUAGUCUUUUUUACACUCUUACAUUCUUUCAUUGUAUGCUAUACUACGAGUGCAAAAUUAUAUAAAAAUACCUUGAAUAAAUGAUUUCAAGUAUCCAUAGU